AUGGUCUGUUGCUGCUAUUGUUGCAAGCAGCGAAGAGAAAGGAGAAAUAUUGAUGACAUGACAAGGAUGACACCUCAAGCCCCUGAAAAGAGCAGCAAAAAGAGCAGUGAAGCAAUAGGGAAGAGCAGUGCCACACAGGGCACUGAGCUGAGAAUGUGGCUUGCGGUUGCAAUUCUGAUUUCCCUUGCUGCACGCUGGGCUGUGGAGGAGGCAACUGUCGGGGAAGGAAUCCCUUGCUCAAAGUACCAGACAGCUUACAAGUAUUCAUGCUAUGAGUUUGUUAGACUCCAGCGCACCUUCACAAGUGCCCAGAGCUGGUGCGAGAGAGGAGGGGGGCACCUUGUCUUUAUUGAAGAUGAGGAAACUCAAGACUUCUUGCAGAAACAUCUCUCUGAGGACCAGGAAUGGUGGAUAGGACUGAUCUCAGACUCCUUGCUGAAUGAAACUUCUGAUGGGUCAGUGAUCUGGCUGGACACUUCAAAUAUAAGCUACAGUAACUGGUAUGUGGAUCAACCAUCUCCCUUUUCAUCCACAUGUGGGUACAUCCUGAAGAAUGCCAAGCAUCAGUGGGGUAUGACUGAAAAUUGCAGCCAGGAAUUUGGCUUCAUUUGCGAAUUUGAAUCUGGCCAGAGCAUUGCUUGUAAUAACUACAAUGCCACUGUACAGUGUGGAUCAGGAGAAGUUAUUGAAAUUGGAGAGAGUUUCUAUGGGCGGAAGACCCCUCACUACUGUGUGUUGGAGACGCCUCUCCAGUAUGAUAUGGACAAAGACUGUAGCUGGAUCAGUGUCAAAGAUGAAGUAGCAGGACAGUGUCAUGGUCUCCAGGCCUGCCAGGUGGCAGCGGAUGGCUCUUUCUUUGGUGAUCCUUGUCCAGCUUCGGGAAGCUAUUUGUCUAUUCAGUACUACUGCAAGGAAGGUCUGCAGCUGGCUGUAACAGAAGCGAGCUUUGCCUCUGAGGACAUCACAGUCACUCUGACCUGGAUGCUCUCUCCAUACUCUGGCAACCUCUCAUGCAUCAUUAGCACUGGAGAUGGACACAGUAUUGAUCCCUAUUACCCUCCAAUGCUGGUCAGCAAUGUCACACACACAUAUUCAUCUCCUGGAGAGUUUAUUGUUUUUGUGGAAUGUACAACCAGUGAAUGGCACGUGACAGCUCAGAAACGGGUGACUGUUCAGGAUAAGAAGGAUCAACUUAGCAUUACUGGGUGCUAUAGCCAGUAUGAAUCUGGGAACAGCUCUUACUGCCGCACUCUAUAUGGAGAGUUGUUAUGGAUUCAAGUAGAACUCAGUGGAGGUAAUGAAGUGACCUACAUCAUAUUAGCAGAUAACAAGACAGUCACCGAAUCCAGUGCAAAAGAAGGAAUUGUCCCUCACAAUCUGACACUCAACAGUACCUUGCAAGAGCUACUAGGCCCUGGGAUACACCAGCUGGAAAUCCGGGCAUCCAGGAACAAAUCCACAUCUGAGCUCUCAAAGAGCAUUGCUGUUCACUUCGUUGAGCCAGUAUCUGGUCUUCAGGCUACUUUAGCUUCUCACACUGUGGAGCUGGGGGAGAAUUUAGAGAUAAAUGUCUCUGUGUCGCAUGGAGCCCCAGACAAAGUGAAGUUUGAGGUUGUGGGAUCCAAUGAAACAAACUCCCACGAGGAAGACUGCCCUCACGGAGAGCCUCGAACAUACCGCAUCCCUGUGUACUCUGAAGGUACUUUCCUAGUAAAAGUGGUGGCCAUGAAUGCCUUCUCCAACAUGAGUGUGGAUAUUGGACUCAUCUACGUGCUGGCAAACAGUUCCCUUGAAGAAGAUUCUGCUAAUGUUAAAGGUAGUUCCAGAACAAAUACCCAGAAGACAAACGAUCACAAAAGAAAAAACAAAAUGUAUAUUAAACCAAGUCGUCAUGUGGAUCCUUUCACAACUGUUACACUCGGCUGGCCUGGCAACAGUGAUAAUUCUAGUUUCCUCUGGUCCUGUGGAGCUUGCUGGCCUGCGUGGAAUGAAUGUGUGCAGCAGGAGACAAUCCUGGUCAACCGAAGUGAGGUGCACAUCCCAGCACGCUGCCUUCCUCCCCCAAAGUCGGCAGUGACUGUGAGGGUCACGGUGCGAAACCAUGGCAGUGAAGAGAGGCAAGACGAGCAAUGUCUGUACGUAACUGCAAAACAAGAACUGCAACUAGAAAUCAGGUGUGAAGCAAAUUGCAAGCCAGUAAAUGCUAGCAAGGAAGUUGUUUUGAGUGUCUCUGGGCUGAAGGAGUCGCAGGCAGUAUAUUAUAACUGGUAUUUAGAUAACACUUUCCAAACCAAGCCCACACCCCUCCCUCCAGCCUGCAGCCUGACUGGGUUUCGGCAGAGCUCUCUGAAUCUGCUUCAGAGCAACACAUCCAGGCUGACCAUGAACAGCUCCUUCUUGCAGACACAGGAAGAAGCUUUCCAGAUUAAAGUAACAGCAAUGGCUCCACAUGGAUACGGCGAGGCACGGUACCUCAUGAGCUCGGUGCCCGCGCCCUCCACGCCGGCCUGCGCUGUGUCUCCCUGGGAGGGAUCCGUGCUCACCACGUUCACGGUCUCCUGCAGUGCCUGCCUAGAGGAUCCGUGCGAGCCUAGCCGCAGCAGGCAGCUCACGUACUGCUUCUAUCUGAAACCAAAUUCUCUCUUGCACUGUGGCCCCGAUCCUGAACUCUUCCCAGUUUACCUUCCACUUGGAGAAGAGGAAAAUAAUUUCAUUUUACAUAUAACAAUUACUGUGAGCAACAACUUUGGGGAUACAGUUCAAACUAAUGCUUCUGUGAAGGUGGGACACACAGAUAUGACCAAGGGGAACCUCACCCUGCAGACCAUCGUAUCUGAGAAGGCCAACACCAUUCUCAAAGAGGGGAACAGCAGCACGAGUCUGUUCCAGCUGUAUAAGUCAGUGACCUCAGUUCUUAAUCAGGAGACCCAAGAGGAAAGUCUUAACGCAUCCUUACAGACCGACACACGAAAAGAGCUCCGAGGGUUGAUGCUGACAACGCUGUCUGCUGUUAACAUAACAUCAGUGCAAACUGCUCUUCAGAUGUCAGAAGUUUUGCAAGAAAUCACAUACAAGAGUGAAGAGCUCUCUAUCUCAGCACAGGUAGAAGCCAGCAACACCCUAAAAGAUGUCAGUGCUUCCUUGCUUACUGUAAACACGGAGGACAGCAGAGAUGAUCAGAAGAGAAAGGACGCAGCCAACUACCUAUUUAAUGCAGUUAGCAAUGUGCUUAAAGCUUCCAUACAAAACAGAGAUGUGAAUACCUCAGUGCCCGAGGCAGAACAGAGCUCAGUGUCAUCCCAGCUCUUGAAUACAGUUGAAAAUCUACAGAGUGCCCUUCUGUUUGGGAAAGAACCAGAUGAUGAACCAAUGGUCCUUACCACUCCUACUGCCACAAUGUAUAUAAACAGAUUACAAACAGAAAGCAUGGACAGGACAUCCAUUAAUGUCUCCAAUUCCAGCUCUGCCAGCUUUACUCUCCCACCUGCUUCUUCCCUCAGUGUUUCAGGACUUGAUGAUGAAACAGUGGAUAUAAGGAUGGUGAGCUUUGCAGCGAACCCCUUUUUCUCCAGUGACACCAGUUUUGAUGUCAGCGGAACAGUGGGAGGUUUAAGUCUUACCGGUUUGGAUGGUUUGAUCAUACCAGUCAGCAAUCUCAAAGAAAACAUUGAGAUUAUACUACCAAGGCUUUCAGCAAGUCAGGAAGACAGGAUUUUUUUGACCUUAGGCAAUUUUAGUGUUUUCCAAGUCAAUGUCACUUCAGAAAACACAUCUAUCGUGAUCCACCUGGAGUCUGAACAAGAUGUUCCACUGAUACUCUACUUAGGAUAUGGAUAUCGUCCAAAUGAAACUAAUUAUGAUAUGAAAAAUCACCUGUAAAAUAUUUAUGUUCCAGGUGAGGAAAACACCUGGGUUCUUAGUCCAGAAAACCUCUUUUUUGGCGAGGGAACUUAUUAUUUCCUGGUUUUACAAGAUAUGGGAAUGGAUUCUACAGUCAAUGACAGGCUAACCAUAGCUGUCACUUGCUUUGCAUCCCGCUGCGUAUUUUGGGAUGAGCACCAGGGGAAAUGGAAUAGCUAUGGAUGUCAUGUAGGACCCAAAACUAAUCCUAGAAGCACACAGUGCCUCUGCAACCACCUGACCUUCUUUGGGAGCUCCUUCUUCGUCAUACCCAAUGCCAUUGAUGUUAGCAAAACUGUAGAGCUAUUUGGUACAUUCGUGGACAACCCCGUGGUGGUGACAACUGUAGGCUGUAUCUUUCUGGUGUAUGUGCUUGUGCUUAUUUGGGCUCGAAGGAAAGACAUCCAGGAUGAUGCCAAAGUGAAAAUCACAGUACUGGAAGACAACCACCCCUUUGCUCAGUAUCGUUAUCUCGUGACAGUGUUUACAGGACACCGCCGAGGGGCAGCCACAACCUCCAAGGUGACUCUCACCCUCUACGGCCUGGAGGGAGAGAGCGAGCCACACCAUCUAACCGACCCCGACACUCCAGUCUUCGAGCGGGGCGGGGUGGAUGUUUUCCUGCUCUGCACUCUCUUCCCUCUUGGGGAACUGCAGAGUAUUAGACUGUGGCAUGAUAAUUCAGGGUACAGUCCAUCCUGGUAUGUGAAUCGUGUAUUGGUCCAUGACCUGGCAUGGGACCAGAAAUGGUACUUCCUCUGUAACUCUUGGCUAGCCAUUGAUAUUGGAGAGUGUGUCCUCGAUAAAGUGUUCCCAGUAGCUACAGAACAGGACAUGAAGCAGUUUAGCAAUCUGUUUUUCAUGAAGACCUCCAAGGGCUUCCAAGACGGACACAUCUGGUACUCGGUUUUCAGCCGCUCCCCACGAAGCUCCUUCACACGAGCCCAGCGCGUGUCAUGCUGCUUCUCACUGCUGCUCUGCACCAUGCUGACGAGCAUCAUGUUCUGGGGAGUGCCAAAGGAUCCCGCAGAGCAGAAAAUGGACUUGGGCAAGAUCGAGUUCACGUGGCAGGAGGUGAUGAUUGGCUUCGAGAGCUCCCUCCUCAUGUUCCCCAUCAACCUGCUCAUUGUGCAGAUCUUCAGGAACAUCCGAUCCCGGCCAGCCACGCAGGGGAGGGAGAAGAAGCCAGGGAAGAGCGGGCGCGUGUCGCCCAGCCUGCCUCCCACAGGCGCCCUCACCCAGGCUGUCUCCCUUACUCCAGAGGCAGACAUAAGGAGAAUUGCCAACUCAUUGUUUAAAGCCCUGAAGACUCCAUCACUCACCUCCAUAUCAGACCUUGGAAAAUCAACUAAUAUCAACACACUUUUGGCACUGGUUGAGGACAUCAUCUGCCAGCAGAACAGAGCUGGGCACGAGUUUUAUGAUGACAGUAAAAAGAAGGAUGACCCUAUAAUUCUCACAAUAGGUGCUGUGGAUAUGCAAGAAAAAACAAGCCCAACUCCAGAGAAGGGAAUGUAUGAGCAGCUGAAAUACAGUGACUACAACCGCUGCUUGUACAUGCAGCUCCAGCACGUAGAGAUGGAGCUGGAACUAGUGGGGCCCCACGCGUUUCAGAUGCCUCAGAGUUACACACAAGCCGUUCGGCAGGUUCAGCACAUGAAGAACCUCCUGGAGAGCCGGAUCUGCUCAGCAGCAGCCAGCAGCGAGAGUUUCUCCAGGGAUGGCAAGAAAGGCCCUUCUUCCAAGGGGCUGCCCUGGUGGUUUGUGUUUAUUGGAUGGUUCCUUGUUGCAGCCACCAGUGGUGUGUCUGGGUUCUUUACUAUGCUCUAUGGGCUGCAUUACGGCAAGGAAAACUCCAUCAAGUGGCUCAUCUCCAUGGCCAUUUCCUUCUUUGAAAGUCUUUUCAUCACACAGCCCUUAAAGGUGCUGGGAUUUGCUGCCUUUUUUGCUCUGGUUCUGAAGAAGGUGGAGCAGGAGGAUGAAGAAAGCACUGCCAUUGAUGGGUCUUUAUCUGCUCCAGGUGAUUCAAAUCCUCUCUUUGGAGUCAGACGGGACAGCAGAAGCAACAUCUACCAGCCACCUCCUGCAUCAGAUGUUGAGAAAAUGAAAGUCAAUUGCAUGAAGGAGCAAAAGGCAUUUGCCCUCAUCAGAGAAAUCCUAGCAUAUCUGGGAUUUUUAUGGAUGCUGCUCUUGGUUGCCUAUGGACAGAGAGAUCCCAAUUCCUACUACUUAAACAAGCACAUUGAGAACAGCUUUACAGAUGGAUUCCAGGAUAUUUAUAGUUACCAGGAUUUUUUCACAUGGGCAAAUACUACCUUAGUGAAAAAUCUUUAUGGAUCAUACAAAGGAUUCAUUACAGAUGGCAAUUCCAAGCUAGUGGGUAGUGCCCGAAUUCGACAAGUAAGAGUGAAAGGAGACACGUGCCCCGUUGCUGCCCAGCUCCAGCGGGCGAUUCGGGAAUGCCGUGCCCCGUACACCUUCCACAGCGAAGACACCUCAGGCUACGGGGAACACUGGAACGCUUCAGCCUUUGAUAACUCCUCCGAUUUGAGCUCAGCGUGGCAGUACCAGAGUCAGGCCCAACUAAGAGGGCACCCAAUCUGGGGCAAAUUCGCCGUGUACCGGGGAGGAGGAUACGUGAUUCACCUGGGAACAGAUCCUCACAAUGCCUCCAGAAUUCUCCAGUACCUUUUCACCAAUGUCUGGCUAGACACCUUUACAAGAGCAGUGUUCGUGGAAUUUACAGUCUACAACGCCAACGUGAAUCUUUUCUGCAUCGUAACUCUGAUGUUUGAAACAAAUGCUCUAGGGGCCUUCUUCACAAGUGCAGAGCUGCAAAGUAUCCGGCUUUACCCAUACACCAGUAGUCUCCACAUCUUUGUCAUUGCAGCAGAAGUGAUUUAUUUCUUCUUUAUUCUCUACUACAUGGUAAUACAGGUGAAACUUAUGAAGACUCUGAAAUGGAGAUAUUUCCAGAGCAAGUGGAAUCUCCUGGAGCUGGCCAUUAUAGUGACCAGCUGGAGCGCCCUGUCCGUGUUUGUGAAGCGGACGAUCCUAGGGAGCCGAGACAUCAGCUACUACCAGGAGCACAAAGACGACUCUGUAAGCUUUAACGAAACAGCAAGAGCUGAUGCAGUUCUGGGUUACCUGAUUGCUUUCCUAGUACUUCUGUCCACAGUAAAACUGUGGCAUCUGCUGAGGCUCAACCCCAAACUAAACAUGAUCACUUCAACCCUACGGAGGGCCUGGGGCGAUAUCUCUGGGUUCAUCACUGUUAUUGCAAUCAUGUUCCUUGCCUAUUCCAUUGCCACAAACCUGAUAUUUGGCUGGAAGCUCUACUCCUACAAAACUCUCUUUGAUUCGGCAGAGACAAUGGUCAGUCUUCAGCUGGGGAUCUUCAACUAUGAGGAGGUCUUGGACUGCAAUCCAAUUCUAGGCUCCUUCUUAAUUGGCUCCUGCAUCAUUUUCAUGACAUUUGUGGUGCUGAAUUUGUUCAUUUCGGUGAUCCUGGUUGCUUUCAGUGAGGAGCAGAAGCAUUACCAGGCUUCUGAAGAAGAGGAGAUUGUUGAUCUAAUGCUAAUGAAGCUUUUCAGUUUCCUUGGGGUUAAAUGCAAGAAGGAGGAGAAGCCAACCACUAAUGAUCAACAGGACUAACCCGUGAGAAACAACUGGGAGCUAUAAUGAAAACCCGCUUUGUUCCCGGCCGCGCAGCUGACACGC